GUUGUACCUUAUUUCGAAGAAUUGUAAAGUCUUAAACAUUUUGUAAACAUUUUAUGAAACUAACCUGGCGGUGGUAGAUCAUUUCACAAUGUGGUGAGCAACUUUAUUUACUUUAUUAACUUGACUAAAUCCUCCUACUGUGAUUCUUGCAUUAUAGGGUAUUUAGCUAAUUCGCAGCAGGCAUACAAAGGACAAAGAUACAGGACCAUUUAACUUAGCCAACUGGAAUCAGUAUGGUAUCAUUUCGCUCGAUUCACUGAAAAUGCAUGAAGACAUGACGUUGGAAUCGCCCAGUCUUUUGUAGUUUUGCAUUGCAGAUGCAUGUAGAAACAUUUUGCAUCAUUAUCAAAUAUUCCGAUCAAUAAACGUUAUAUUUGUGUGUGAUAAAGGCUAUCUUUUUAACCAAACUAAACAAAAUGAUAAUUGAAACCGUUGAUAUCAUUAUGGUAGCCUACCACUUUUAUGCUGCUGACCAAGGCUGACCUCUAAAAAAAGUAAUUAGGUUAACUACAUAGCCUAUUUACAUAACACCUUCGGAGAAUCUCGGCUCAAAGAUCACCUUCUCACCGUUGAACUAUGCAAGCGGUGAAUUGUCAUGGAUUUGCAAACCAGUUUUUUUGAAGCACAAUAAAACUUUGUUGUAGCCGAAGUCGAUCGACAUGGCAAAAACAGUGAACUUUUUUUCUUUCUACAGUAGGCUAUAUUCAGCUGCCACGUCUUGAAGACCUUUGGCGGACAUCAUCAUUAUCCUGAACUGUGUCGAUGACUGAAUGCCAGCAUGCCUCUUGUAGAGUUUGCUGCAGGAUGGGUUUCAGGUGCUUUAGGAUUAGCUGUGGGACAUCCAAUGGACACAGUAAAGGUACGCAUUCAGACCCAGUCCAAGUACAAAGGGAUAUUUGAUUGUGUCAAAAAGACAUACACACAUGAAGGGGUCCAUGGCUUUUUUAAGGGCAUGGCAUUCCCUGUCUUGUCUGUUGCCAUCAGCAAUUCCGUGCUCUUUGGUUCCUAUAGCAAUGCCUUGGAUUACCUCACCCAGUCCCAGAGGAAUGACCGCAGUCAAGGCAACCAUGCAUCAGCAGCUGCUGUCUUUACAGCUGGAUGCUUUUCAGGUGUUGCACAGGUGUUUGUGACGGCUCCCAUAGACCUGGUGAAAGUGCGCCUGCAGAGCCAGACUAAAGGACGGGCUGGUUUGGGAGGGGAUAAGUACCGAGGCCCUAUGCACUGUGUCUCCAUGAUCCUGAGGGAGGAGGGGGCCAGAGGGCUCUUCAGGGGAAUGUGGGCCCUGGCGCUGAGGGAUGUGCCUUGCUAUGGACUCUACUUCCUGCCUUAUGAGCUUACUGUCAGGAUGCUGACUGACAAGGACAGACAACCAGGUACAUUUGCAGUAUUGAUGGCGGGUGGUGUAGCUGGCGUGGUGACGUGGGCCUUUGCGACCCCGAUGGAUGUGGUGAAGGCCCGGCUGCAGAUGGUGGGUGCGGGCGGCCGAGUCUACCGGGGUGUGCUGCACUGCAUUGCCGUGAGCGCGCGCGAGGAGGGCAUGCGUGUCUUCUUCAAGGGCCUCCUUCUCAACAGCCUCAGGGCCUUCCCGGUCAACGCGGUCACCUUCCUCAGCUAUGAGAGCCUCAUGACAGCUCUAACAUCAGGGCCAGCAGACGCCUCCCACCGCUGACACACACACACACACACACACACGGCUGUUAGGCUGCUCCAACUUUUCUUUCCCGUCAGUUGAGCCAUAUCCGUGGACAGUAUUGCCUUAACACUCCACUGCACUGAGUCACUUAGUCACAGUCAAUAGCCAAAUGGAACUUGCAUGUCUACUUGUGUUUUUAACAGUGCUGUGAGCCAGUCACUCCAUUCCGUUUGGUCUGCCUAACUGUCUUUUGAACACUUGCUAGGCUCAGUAAGAGAAUGUACUGCCAAGAACAGGACUUUAUCAGUCAGUACUGAUUUAUUCCAGAUAAGUGGUUUUUGUGAGAGACUACACCACGGAAAUAUUUAUGGCUGACUGAACAGAGAAUGUAGAGUAGGGAAUGUGUGAAAGUCAGUCCUGUUGUAUUCCAGGUGUGUAGUCCCAACAGACAUCACCGUGGAGAUCAAGUAAAUGGACAAAACUGAGAGGAAUAUCACUUGAAAUAAAAAUCAUUCUAAAACCUUACUGCUCUCCGUGGAAGAAACAUUAAAGAGCAGUUGUAUGAAUGUUUUCAGUUUUAGUAGUAUGUUUACUCCAUCAUGCCAUUAAUACAUCGAAAUAUGACAUGUCUAUUCUGUGCACAAACUUAAAUAAAUGAAGUCGCCAAACGCA